AUGAGGCCGCCCUCCUCCAACCAGUACCACCAGCACAGAGGAGCAUCUUAUGUCGCGCUUCUGAUGCUGCUUCUCCCGGCCUUUUGGCCGGGGAUAUUUUCGCCGCUAGACCAUGCCUCCCCUUCCAUUUUCUCGGUGAGACCCUCCAGCUCUCUCUCGACAUGAUCGAGUUUCUCAAUGAAUUUUUCUCUUCGGGUGAAACUACCUGGAGGGCAAUUAAACGGGGAGGCCCGGACUCGGCAGGUGCCCUGUCCCAGUUUUUGUCGCAAGUUCUGGUUCGACGCCCUUGGUGCUUAGGGUUUUGUUACCGCGGGUUAAACAGUAUUUUACUGACACAAAUGAUGUUGACUGAUUAAACCAAAAAGCCACUCUGAAGAAGAGGCCGGUGUGAUUUCUUUGGGAACUUGCGACCGAUAGCCUAGGAAAUUGCUUGGAUUGCAAGGACUCGCCGUAAUCAUUUUAGGCCAAGCACAAAGGCUUUUCUGGUCCAUUAUCCUUUCUUUCAAAGCAUUUGUGGAAUUAUUAUGGAAAUCCUGAGUGGAUACUCCUUCAGUUUUAUUUCUAUUCCGAUUUCUCCACCUGAAAGCCAGUAACGAGUAUUGGCGAAAGAGUUGGUCGCGCAAAUAAUGCAGUACUUCUUGCCUCGGGAAUUAUUUUUUUCCUAUUAUGUAAACCAGCAUUGCAUUGUUGGAUACAGUUCUGAGCAUCUAUUUAUGUUUUUUCACAAAUGUUGGUCAUCAUUUUCGCUGUUGAUUUAAUGGGAUAGCUUUGUAGUUGCAGCAUUGGAAUGUUCUUUGUUAUAAUUACUUAAUCAUGCGUUAAUUAGUUUCAAAAAAUUUCAUUAUUUCAGUUCACGUAAUAUAAUAUUCAUAAAUUAGUUAGUUAAUCAUCUGUCCUAAGUGUUUUGUGGAAAGCUGAUUUUAUUUCAGUUCUGUAUGUGUAUGCAUUGCCUACUGUCUUUAAAGUUCUUGACCCUGUUUUCUUUGAUGCAUGGCAGAUGAUUGCAAAGAGCGUCAUCUUGCAGGAAUGGAAUGCCCCUAGACCUGUUCAUUUGUCUUUGCUGAAGGGUGCCAUUCAGCGGCACAUAGUGAGUAUCAACCUAUCUUGCUCGUGUGUUAUUUUUUUCUAUCAGUUUGUGGUUCUUUAGUCAAGCGUCCUUCCAGACUGGACUGGAAUUAAUUACAAUGGUUGGUUUCUGCUUGCUUCAUUUUCUUUAGGCAGAUGAGCAGAGGUCUGAUCUUUGGUCUCCUUUGCCACCCCAAGGUUGGAAAUCGUGUGCCAGAUCUUUAGAUACACCUGGUUAGUAGUUUUUAAUUAUUAUAUCAUCAGUCCCUUCGUCGGUGAGAAACUUGUUUCUAUGUCUGUGUUUAUAUAUCUGAUUUAAAAAAGAAAAAAAGGGGUCACUGACAAUGAGAUCCUUUCCUAACCUAUACUAACUUUUUCUAUGAGUAGGAUUUCCCAAGAAAUCUUCAGGAUAUAUCCAAGUGUUUCUUGAUGGAGGUUUGAACCAACAGAGAAUGGGGGUAAGUUUCCAUAGAUCCCUGUUUAUUACGCACUGCAUGCAUGGGAAUGUAAAUUGAAACUGCACCGGUUUGUUUUAGUAGAUUACUGUUACUAUUGGAAAUAUCUUGUAGCAUAGUAGGGUUUUGGUAACUUCUGUCAUGUGUCCUGCCUCUCUUCUUCAUUUGGACGCAAAAAAUCUAUGCAUCGAUUCUAUGUCAUAGGCUUUUCUAAACUUCAAGUAAUUGAUGUUUCGUGCCUGUGAGUUUUACUUUUGGUGUUUCUUGUUGACCAUCUUCUUACCCAAAUCAUGCUUGUUUCAAAGAUUUGUGAUGCAGUUGCUGUGGCUAAGAUAUUGAAUGCUACACUGGUGAUCCCAUAUCUUGAAGAGAACUCUGUUUGGAAAGAUUCUAGGUAAACCAUGAAUAAAUUUCGUUCCUUCGAUUGUUCUGUCAAUCCACUGCUCCACAAGGGCAGUAAACCAGUAUAAUGUCGUGAAGGGUGGAUUUAAUAUAUAAAUAUCUACUUCUGCAGCUCAUUCGAAGACAUUUUUGACGUGGAGCACUUUAUUGGUGCCUUGAAAUAUGACAUUCCUGUGGUUCGAGAAUUGCCCAAAGAACUCUCAUGGAGCACGAGACAGUACUAUGCUGUUGCAAUACGAGCUACAAGAAUUAAAACUGCCCCUCUUCAUGCUUCAAUGAACUGGUACUUGGAAAAUGCUUUACCGGUGUUGCAGAGGUCAGUAGGAUGCCCUUUUCAUAGUUUACACUGACUUAUUUUUUAAUUCUAAUUAAAACACUAGUUCCUGGUUCUUUGUAUGUUGAGAGUAACAUAAUAACAUGUCCUUGGGAGCUUCCAAAUCCAUUUAUUGUUGCUAGAAGGAGAUUACAGUGCUAGUUGACAAUCGCCCAUAUCAUAGUUUACAAUGAUGUAAAUUACUAUGGCCUCUAUCAAGCUUUGCCCUGAUUGUUCAAUCCAUAUUCUACGCUCAUAUGCUACGCUCAUAUGCUCAUAUGCGACGUCAUUUCUUUUUUUCACUUCAAUUGUGGUGCUGUCAUUUUCUCUCAUUUUUUCCAACAUUAUUCAGUUAUGGAAUUGCUGCCAUUGCCCCAUUUUCGCACCGACUGGGUUUUGACAACAUGCCUGAAGAUAUUCAACGACUUCGAUGUAAGGUCAACUUUCAUGCAUUGACCUUUGUUCCUCACAUAAACGCUUUGGGGGAUGCACUUGUGAAACGUUUGAGACGCCCAGUCCACUCAAGCAUGAGCACAGGAGGUGGAUAUCUGCGUGAGAUGGUAGAUGAACUCCUUGAUAGGGAAACUGGAAAAUUUGUUGCUUUGCAUCUCCGUUUUGACAAGGUAUCGUAUUGACUUGUUAUUUGGCCUUAUCAUCUUUUUAGGGGUUGAGUUGACUGUUUAUUUACAUCGAAAUAUAAAUAAAACAUGUGACUAAAGUAUGUAGGCCUACCUCGGUCAACGGCCAUUAGAUUUGAGUUUGAGUUAAAUGACCUGAUCAGUUAACAAGGUAGCAGUGACUACAGUUGUGCUCGUGGGCAUCGAAGUCCACUUUUUAUUUUAUUUUUUAUCCACGUAAUUAAGUCUUUGAAUUAUCUGCCUGCGUGUGAAUUAGCGUUCUAAAAUUAGUGAUAAUAGAAUUCUAUAUUUAAAAGAUAGACGGCUCUACAGCACCCGUUAUCAAUUGAUUUAUAUCUCUGGUCAGUCUGAUCUUUUAACAGUUUAUGUAAAAAUCGACCAACUUUACUGUGUAUCUUAUGGCCACUGGGUAUUGCAGGACAUGGCUGCCCAUUCUGCCUGCGACUUCGGUGGUGGGAAGGCAGAGAGGCUAGCUUUGGCCAAAUAUAGACAGGUGAUUUGGCAAGGGAGGGUCACGAACUCUCAGUUCACUGAUGAGGAGCUGCGCAGUCAGGGCCGUUGUCCCUUGACUCCUGAAGAGAUCGGAUUGCUUCUAGCAGCUCUAGGCUUUGACAGCAAUACGCGCCUCUAUCUCGCCUCUCACAAGGUUAUCAACUCACCCUGAGUGAAGUUGUGAACCCUGAAGAACAAAACUCUCUCUCUCUCUCUCCUCUCUAUCUGUCUAUUUGUCUGAACGAACAUUAUCACGCAGGUGUAUGGUGGAGAAGCGAGGAUCUCAGCUCUGCGGAAGCUUUUCCCUCAAAUGGAUGACAAAAAGAGCCUUGCUUCCAGGGAGGAGCUUUCGAAGGUCGAUGGGAAGGCCUCUCUUUUAGCCGCUGUCGACUACUACGUGAGCAUGCAGAGUGACGUAUUCAUCUCCGCUUCUCCUGGAAACAUGCAUAAUGCGCUGGUAAGGCAUCCUUGUUCUUACCGUCAUUAGUUAUUUCUGGUAAGUUCUUCGGGGCUUAUUCAUUCCUUUUUCUGACUUUUUAUAACGCCAGGUGGGUCAUCGCACAUAUGAAAACCUGAAAACAAUUCGACCGAGCAUGACGUUGCUCAGCCAGCUGUUCUUGAACAAGAGUCUCCCUUGGGCGGAGUUUGAGCAGGCAGUCCGGUUCGGCCACAAGAACAGACAAGGACAGAUCAGAUUGAGGAAGCCCAAGCAGUCCAUCUACACGUACCCACUUCCAGAUUGUAUGUGUGAAGCUUGA